AUGGCAGCACAGCCAGCUUUUUCACAUGGAGCCAUCACAUUGGAGAAUCAGCUAGUGAUCCUUGCCACAACAGCGAGUGACGCCGGGGCGUACUACGUGCAGGCUGUGAAUGAGAGGAACGGAGAGAACAAGACGAGUCCAUUCAUCCAUCUGAGCGUAGCACGAGAUACUGGCACCCACGAGGCCAUGGCCCCCGUCAUCGUGGUUGCCCCAGGCAACAGAAGUGUGGUAGCAGGGUCCAGCGAGACUACCUUGGAGUGCAUAGCCAACGCCAGGCCCGUGGAGGAGCUGAGUGUGCACUGGAAGAGAAACGGAGUUCGACUCACAAGUGGACUGCACAGCUACGGGAGGCGCCUUACCAUCAUCAACCCGACAUCAGCAGACACCGGGAUGUACGUGUGCGAGGCGACACUCCGGGGGAGCGCAUUUGAGCCAGCCAGGGCCAAAGCCUUCCUUUCCAUCAUAGAGCCACCAUAUUUCACUGCUGAGCCAGAGAGUCGGAUUUUAGGGGAAGUAGAAGAAACCGUGGACAUCCCGUGUCGAGCCAUGGGGGUUCCUCUUCCCACCCUCCAGUGGUACAAAGAUGCUGUCCCCCUCAGCAAGCUCCAAAACCCUCGGUAUAGAGUUCUCCCCAGCGGAGGCCUGCACAUUCAGAAGUUGAGUCCAGAAGACUCCGGAAUCUUCCAGUGCUUUGCCAAUAACGAAGGAGGAGAGAUUCAGACUCACACCUACCUGGAUGUGACCAAUAUUGCUCCUGCUUUCACCCAGCGUCCAGUGGACACUACGGUUACUGACGGGAUGACGGCUGUCCUGAGGUGUGAGGUGUCCGGGGCUCCCAAGCCCGCCAUCACGUGGAAGAAAGGGAACCACAUUCUGGCCAGUGGCUCGGUUCGGAUCCCUAGGUUCAUGCUGCUGGAAUCCGGGGGGCUGAGGAUAGCCCCUGUCUUCAUCCAGGAUGCUGGCAACUACGCCUGCUAUGCAACCAACACGGAGGCCUCUGUGAACGCGUCCGCCAUGCUCACCGUGUGGAAUCGAACGUCCAUCGUUCACCCUCCAGAGGACCGAGUAGUGAUUAAGGGGACGACAGCCACCCUGUGCUGCGGAGCCACCCACGACCCUCGGACCUCUCUCCGCUACGUCUGGAAAAAGGACAACGCGGUCAUCACACCAUCCAGCAGCUCCAGAAUUGUGGUGGAGAAGGAUGGGUCGCUUGUCAUUAGCCAGACGUGGUCAGGGGACAUCGGGGACUACACCUGUGAAAUCGUAUCAGAGGGAGGGAACGACUCCCGAACGGCACGGCUAGAAGUGAUUGAACUGCCUCACCCACCUCAAAACCUACUGGCCAGCUUGAGUUCAGCACGCAGCCACUCGGUGACACUAUCCUGGGUUCGUCCCUUUGAUGGAAACAGCCCAGUCCUUUACUACAUUGUGCAAGUAUCUGAAAACAACUCUCCCUGGAAAGUGCAUCUGUCAAACGUUGGCCCAGAGAUGGCAGGCGUCACUGUGAGUGGCUUGACCCCAGCCCGGACCUAUCAGUUCAGGGUGUGUGCUGUGAAUCAAGUGGGCAAGGGUCAGUACAGCACAGAGACCAGCAGGUUGAUGUUACCUGAAGAACCACCAAGUGCUCCCCCCAAAAACAUUGUGGCCAGUGGGAGAACCAACCAGUCCAUCAUGGUACAGUGGCAGCCACCACCCGAAACAGAGCACAAUGGGGUGCUUCGGGGCUACAUCCUCAGGUACCGCCUGGCUGGCCUGCCUGGAGAACACCAGCAGAGGAACAUCAGCAGCCCAGAGGUGAACUACUGCCUUGUCACCGACCUCAUCAUCUGGACACAGUACGAGAUCCAGGUGGCUGCCUACAACGGGGCAGGCCUGGGCGUCUUCAGCAGGGCAGUGACUGAGUAUACCUUACAAGGAGUGCCCACUGCACCCCCCCAGAAUGUACAGGCAGAGGCUGUGAAUUCCACCACCGUGCACUUCCUAUGGAACCCGCCACCCCAGCAGUUCAUCAACGGCAUCAACCAGGGAUACAAGCUCCUGGCGUGGCCAGCAGAUGCUCCCGAGACUGUCACUGCUGUCACAAUUGCUCCUGACUUCCAUGGCACCCAUCAUGGGUACAUAACCAACUUGAAGAAGUUCAUGGCCUACUUCACAUCCGUCCUGUGUUUUACCACGCCGGGGGACGGGCCUCCAAGCACACCUCAGCUCGUGUGGACCCACGAGGACAGACCGGGAGCUGUGGGGCACCUGAGCUUCACAGAGAUCUUGGACACCUCUCUCAAGGUCAGCUGGCAGGAGCCCCUGGAGAGAAAUGGCAUCAUUACGGGCUAUCAGAUUUCCUGGGAGGUGUAUGGGAGGAAUGACUCUCGGCUCACCCACACCCUCAACAGCACGACCCACGAGUACAAGAUCCAAGGACUGUCAUCGCUCACCACCUACACUAUCGAUGUGGCUGCCAUGACUGCCGCAGGUGUGGGCCUGACCACGUCAUCCACCAUCUCUUCGGGAGUACCCCCAGAUCUUCCUGGUGCUCCAUCCAAUCUGGUCAUUUCCAACAUCAGCCCUCGCUCAGCCACGCUCCAGUUCCGACCUGGCUAUGAUGGGAAGACGGCCAUCUGCAGGUGGAUUGUGGAGGGGCAGGUGCUUUACUGGUUGGGCCAGCCAGGCAGCCCCCAGGGUCGGUGCCAUCAGGGGAUGAGGAGGAGGGUCACCCUCUAUGAGGAGGAGAACGAGCCUGAUGCCCAGAUGUUGGAGAUUCCAAACCUCACGCCCUACACACACUACAGGUUUCGAAUGAGGCAAGUGAACAUCGUAGGUCCCAGCCCCUUCAGCCAGUCAUCCCGGGUCAUCCAGACCCUGCAGGCCCCACCUGAUGUGGCUCCAACCAGCCUCACAGUCCGAACAGCCAGUGAGACCAGCCUCCGGCUACGCUGGGUGCCUCUGCCUGAUUCCUAGUACAAUGGGAACCCUGAGUCUAGGGCUACAGGGUGAAGUACUGCUUCAGACCAACCAUCCUCAGCUCUGGCCCAAGUCGUCAAUGACCGUCUGGAGAGGGAGCUGACCAUUGAGGAGCUGGAGGGGACAGAGUAUGAACUACGGAUGCAGGCCUUCAACGCCAUUGGGGCUGGGCCCUGGAGUGAGCUGGUGCGGGGCCGUACACGGAAGAGCAUUCCUUCAGCAUCUCCUGAAAAUGUGUCUGCAGAGGCUGUCAGCUCCACCCAGAUCCUACUGACUUGGGCUUCAGUUCCUGAGCAGGACCAGAAUGGGCUCAUCCUAGGCUACAAGGUUUUAUACCGUGCCAAAGACCUGGACCCAGAGCCCAGGAGCCACGUGGUACGAGGGAACCACACACAGUCUGCACUGCUGGCUGGCCUGCGAAAAUUCGUGGUCUAUGAGCUCCAAGUGCUGGCGUUCACACGGAUUGGGAAUGGGGUCCCCAGCUCACCCCUCAUCCUGGAGCGCACCAAAGAUGACACCCCAGGUCCCCCCGUGCGGCUGGUGUUCCCCGAAGUAAGGCUUACAGCAGUGCGGAUCGUGUGGCAGCCCCCAGAGGAGCCCAACGGUGUGAUUCUGGGUUACCAGAUCGCCUACCGCCUGGCCAGCGGCAGUCCUCACACCUUCACCACUGUUGAGGUGGGUGCCACCGUGCGGCAGUUCACGGCCACAGAGCUGGCCCCGGAGUCUGCGUACAUCUUCAGACUGUCUGCUAAGACGAGACAGGGCUGGGGCGAGCCCCUGGAGGCCACAGUUAUCACCACGGAGAAGAGAGAGAGGCCAGCGCCCCCUAGAGAGCUCCUGGUACCCCAGGCAGAAGUGACAGCGCGUAGCCUCCGGCUCCAGUGGGUCCCUGGCAGCGAUGGGGCCUCCCCGAUCCGGUACUUCACGGUGCAGGUUCGAGAGCUGCCCGGUGGAGAAUGGCAGACCUACUCCUCGUCUAUCAGCCACGAGGCCACCCUCUGUGCUGUUGAAAGGCUGAGGCCUUUCACCUCCUACAAGCUGCGCCUGAAGGCCACCAACGACAUUGGGGACAGUGACUUCAGUGCAGAAACAGAGGCCGUGACCACAUUGCAAGAUGUUCCAGGAGAGCCACCAGGAUCUGUCUCAGCCACACCGCACACCACGUCCUCAGUUCUGAUCCAGUGGCAGCCUCCCCGGGAUGAGAGCUUGAAUGGCCUUCUGCAAGGCUACAGGAUCUACUACCGGGAGCUGGAGUCCGAGACAGGCCUGAGCCCUGAGCCCAAGACACUCAAGAGCCCCUCUGCCUUACGUGCUGAACUCACGGCUCAAAGCAGCUUCAAGACCGUGAACAGCAGCUCCACAUUAACGACCUAUGAAUUAACACAUCUGAAGAAGUACCGGCGCUAUGAAGUCAUCAUGACUGCCUAUAACAUCAUCGGUGAGAGCCCAGCCAGUGUACCAGUGGAGGUCUUCGUUGGUGAGGCUGCCCCAGCAAUGGCCCCACAGAACAUCCAGGUGACCCCACUCACGGCCAGCCAGCUGGAGGUCACAUGGGACCCGCCACCCCCAGAGAGCCAGAAUGGGAACAUCCAAGGUUACAAGGUUUACUACUGGGAGGCAGACAGUCGUAAUGAGACGGAGAAAAUGAAGGUCCUCUUUCUCCCUGAGCCUGUGGUGAAGAUUAAGGAUCUCACCAGCCACACGAAGUACCUGGUCAGCAUCUCAGCCUUCAACGCUGCUGGUGACGGGCCCAGAAGUGACCCAUGCCAGGGACGCACACACCAGGCAGCUCCAGGGCCCCCCAGCUUCUUGGAAUUCUCAGAAAUAACUUCUACCACACUCAACGUAUCCUGGGGGGAGCCAUCGGCAGCCAACGGCAUCCUACAGGGCUAUAGAGUGGUGUACGAGCCCUUAGCACCAGUGCAAGGCGUGAGCAAGGUGGUGACCGUGGAUGUGAAAGGGAACUGGCAACGGUGGCUGAAGGUGCGGGACCUCACCAAGGGAGUGACCUAUUUCUUCCGUGUUCAGGCGCGAACCAUCGCCUACGGCCCAGAACUCCAAGCCAAUGUCACUGCAGGGCCAGCCGAGGGGUCCCCAGGAUCUCCAAGAAAUGUCCUUGUCACCAAAUCUGCCUCUGAGCUGACCCUUCAGUGGACAGAAGGAAACACAGGGAACACACCCACUACAGGCUACGUCAUAGAAGCCAGACCAUCAGAUGAAGGCUUAUGGGACAUGUUUGCAAAGGACAUUCCCAGGAGUGCUACGUCAUACACCGUGGGUCUGGACAAGCUGCGGCAAGGGGUGACCUACGAGUUCCGGGUGGUGGCCGUGAACAAGGCAGGCUUUGGGGAACCCAGCCGCCCUUCCAUUGCAGUGUCAGCACAAGCUGAAGCCCCAUUCUAUGAGGAGUGGUGGUUCCUGCUAGUGAUAGCGCUCUCCAGCCUCCUCCUCGUCCUCCUGGUGGUCUUCGUGCUGGUCCUGCAUGGGCAAAGCAAGAAGUACAAGAACUGUGGUGCAGGUAAGGGCAUCUCCAACAUGGAGGAGACAGUGACCCUGGAUAAUGGAGGGUUUGCCGCCUUGGAACUCAACAGUCGUCACCUCAAUGUCAAGAGCACCUUCUCAAAGAAGAACGGAACCAGAUCCCCACCCCGACCAAGCCCUGGAGGUCUGCACUACUCCGACGAAGACAUCUGCAACAAAUACAAUGGUGCGGUGCUGACAGAGAGCGUGAACCUCAAGGAGAAAUCGGUGGAUGGAUCAGAAUCAGAGGCUUCUGACUCAGACUACGAGGAAGCCCUGCCCAAGCACUCCUUCGUCAACCACUACAUGAGCGACCCCACCUACUACAACUCCUGGAAGCGGCGUCCCCCUGCCGCAGCACCGCACAGGUACGAGGCGGUGGCAGGGGCCGAAGCUGGCCCGCACCUGCACACAGUCAUCACCACACAGAGCGCGGGCGGAGUCUACACACCAGCUGGCCCCGGAGCCCGGGCCCCCCUCACCGGCUUCUCCUCCUUCGUGUGACGUCACGCCUCCAUCAGGGUAGACGGGUGCAGAACUUCUGGAGUCUAUUUUUGUUAAGACAAUCAACUCCGAUAACUGAGCUGAAUUUUUUUUUUGUUUAAAAAAAUAAUAAUAAUUCUGAUAAGCGAUCUUACCUACUGGUGAAAACUAGGGUUCACUUAGGAAGGUUUUUUUUUUAAAUGGCUUUUUGUAACAUCGCUGCAGGAAGCGGGGUUUCUUUGUUUUCUUUUCUUUUUAAGAGAAGGUAUCUCCCUGGUGCAAUAGCUCAGCACCGCCGGCGGGGGCGCUCUCGACACACCCGAGCCCUGGGCUCCUCUGGCCUCCAAACCAUCCAGGAUGGCGAAGGAGGGCGGGCAGGAGGGUGGAGGGGGACAGGUAAAUCGCAUCCGCAGCCCACUUCUCUCUCUACCUCCUUUUGGAGAACCAGCCAGCCUGGUCCACUUUCUCCGUCUUAGGACAACUUGAGGCCCCUUGCUCUCGUCUGUGCUUCAGAGAAUUGCUCUUCCCCUCCCUGGGUUCUGUCCGGUUCUCAGCCGGAUCCGGGCGGGGCCGCUCAGAGGGCUCAGCUCUGCCACCCUUCUUUAAGGGUGGCUGCAGCCCUGGAGGUUUCCUUUCCCCUCCCCCCUCCUCUCUUCUCUCAAGCUGACAGUUACAAGAACAGGAAGCCCCUGCCCCAACCGGCUCUGGAGGCCCCCAGGCCCAUCCAAGGCCAGCCAGGUCCUUCUGGUGACCACACAACACAGCACACCGCCCACCCCCGCCGAGCAAGAGAGGAGCGGAGACGCGUGGUUUUUGCAGUUGCUUGUGGCAGUAGCAAGUGUGCAUUGUUGAACCAGAGUAUUUUUUAAACCUUUUUAUCUUUUUUUAAAACUAUGUCACGUGAAAUGAAUGCGUCUUUGCUGUCUCCAGGUGCCUUUUAAUUCAUUGUUCAGCUUUGAACGUGGGAAAGACGAGAACCGACUAUGUCUCCAAAUAAAACAAUCGGCUCCGAGAAACCAA